AUGUUACAGUUCAUGUUUAUUUUACACAUUUAUAUAUAUGUGCUCGGCAUCAGGUAGAUAAGUGCAGACUUUCAUUGGAAUUUAAUGUUUAUAUUCAAGAUUUUCUAGAAAUGGAAUAUAUCAUUAUUUUGGCAGUAAUGUUAUUUUCAAUUACCAAAGUGAUUCCUCAAGACAAUUUAAAGAAACCUAUUUUUAAUGCUAUGACUCCGUAUUUUUGGGUAAAAAAUAUCAAUGAAAUCAUUCCGGAGAAUAAAGAUGGAUCAUUUGUGUAUGGAGGACAUUCAUGUCAUAUUACAAAUUUUAAUUACUUAUUCAGACACGCUGCUAGAUAUCCAUCUUUACCAUGGAUACAAAAAAUGGAUAACAUCUCCACAAUUUUAAGAGAGAAUCCAUUUGUUGUUGCAAAACAUCCGUUUAUAGGUAACUGGAGAACCCCAUUUCCAAAAAGCAAACAGUAUCAACAGUCUGCCGUUGGAGAUGAAGAAAUGCUUCAGCUCGGGGAAAGAUUUGGCAAAAGAUUUAAAAACAAUGUACGCAAAAAUGCUGGCAAGAUUAUGUUUGAAACGACGUCGAAAGAUAGGACAAAGCAAAGCAAAAGCAAGUUUUGUCUGGGUUUAGAGAAUGUAAUUGGUAAACAGUCAACGACAACAUCUACAGACGAUAGAUUACUGAGGUAUUACGACUACUGUGGUAAAUACAUAAAAGAGGUUGACCAAAACGAAGAAACUUUGACUGAAUUUUACAAAUUCUUAAAUGGAGAUGAAAUGAAAUCUGUUGUCAACAAAGUAAGACAGAAAAUUGGAACUUCUAAAAUCGAACCAGCGGAAGUUGUUACCAUUCAACAAAUAUGUGCGUUUGAACUUGGUAUCUUUGAAAAAUCAAAGUGGUGUCAAUUCUUUGAGAUGGAAGAUCUACUGAUCAUUGACUAUCUAAUUGACAUUCGUAACUACUGGGAGAUGGGAUAUGGCUACAAUAUAAAUUGGCAGACAUCUUGUGCAUACACGUCACGGCUGUUUAAAAUGUUUAGAAAUGUUGUUUAUGGAAAACCACCAAAUGAGACAUACCCUGAACCUUUUAAUAUACAGUUUGGACAUACUGAUACUAUUAUUCCACUGUAUACGGCUUUUGGGCUGUUUAACGACUCACAGAAAAUUUUAGCAGACAACUACCAAAUGAACAAGAACAGAACAUUUAGAACUAGUUUGAUUGGUCCCUUUUCAGCCAAUCUUGGGUUUGGAUUAUACAAAUGUGACACAACCAUGGACUACGUAAUUCGACUAUUUGUAAACGAGGAACCAGUAGUUAUUCCGGCAUGUGGACAGACCAGUUGUCUGUUUUCAGAAUUUGAAAGGUAUUACCAUCAUCUUGCGAACUGCAAUGUUAAGCAGAUAUGUGAAAUUAAUACCAACAUGACCGGUAACAGUUUCAUAAUGAGUUCAGACUUUUUGAUGGAUAUUGUCUGCAAAUUGUCAUCUCAUGAAAUGAAAGCUUUAUGUGUUUCAAGCAGGGCAGACAUGAUGAGACUACGGACAGAGUGUGCCAAGUACGGAACUGACAAGCCCCAAAGGGUCCGGUCUCAGUGUGGUCCUCCAAACUUUGACAUUGAAAAAAUAGUGUUAUGUUAA